AUGCACAAUGAGAAUAUUACAUAUAAUCGUGUUUUAAUGAAUUCCAAAAAUUCUGUAAGAUCAACCCUUGGACCGAUCGACCUGAAACUUUCGCAGAUCGUAGCAAGUACCCUGGGCAACCGUCCCUCCGAGUUUGGUGAGUCUGGUACAAAUAUCACGGAGACGGUGAUCUCAUUGUGCAUUGUUGGUCUAUCGUGGGAUUCAUCCGGCAAAUGA